CUAGAAACUGACACCCCUGAAGAACUCCCCCGCCUUCUCCAAGUGCGACAUCACCUAUGUCCCCAUCUUUUUGGGCGCUCUCAUGAGCGCAUGUGGGAAUACCGCACCCAUCCGGAUCAAGAACAAAGACAGGUGGAUUAACCGGGAACGUUUACGUUGGGCCCGCUACUUCUCUGUUCCGAUCGUCGAAACGACCCCGGAAGGGUUCCCGCCCCGGACUCUGAGCACGCAGCGGGCUCUCUGUGCCGUUGAGCAGAAGUUCCCCGACAAGCUUGCGCCCGCGAUCGCGGCGCUCUAUCAACUGUUCUGGGUGGAGGGGAAUCCGAACAUUGCGCAGCCGGAAUGCUUCGGUCCGGUUCUGGAGAAAGUACUAGGGAAGGACGAGGCACAGGUGGUCCUGGAGCAUAUGAAUCACCCAGAGAUUAAGGAACGGUUGACCACGAACACCGAUCGAGCAUUCAAGUCGGGCGCGUUCGGCAUUCCCUGGUUCGAGUGCACCAACAGCAAGGGCCAAACCGAGGGGUUCUGGGGUGUCGAUCAUUUAGGCCAGGUGGCUGACUUCUUAGAGUUGGAUAUCAAGCUGGAGAAGGGGUUCAAGGCCGUUCUGUGAGCCAAGGGGUGGUGAGAAUUGAUUUCCAUAUUUUAUCUCAUGCCAGAUGACGAUUCACUAUCUAUUUACCCUCCUGUGGACUCCCGACUCCCAUUACCUUAACGCAUACACAUAUCAAGCGCCCACCGCUUCUUUUGAAAACUAUUGCCUCCUC